GUGCCAAAAUGAUAAAAAAUAUUAUCAGCAAGUCUUUGGGUUUUAUUGGAUAUACCGUUCAGUAUGGAUGCAUUGCUCAUUGUGCAUUUGAAUACAUUGGGGAGCUGGUAGUGUGCUCUGGACCUUCAAUGGAACCCACAAUUCAAAACCAUGAUGUUGUAUUUUCAGAGAGGUUAAGCUGUCAUUUAUAUCGCAUUGAAAAGGGAGAUAUUGUUAUAGCAAAAAAUCCUAGUGAUCCGAAGAUGAAUAUUUGUAAAAGAGUAAUUGGAUUAGAAGGAGACAAAGUCUGCACAAGCAGCUCAUCUGAUAUCUUCAAGACACAUAUUUAUGUACCAAAAGGACACAUCUGGUUAGAAGGGGACAACAUGAAGAAUUCAACCGACUCACGGAGUUACGGCCCAGUUCCCUAUGCGCUCAUAAGAGGCAGAGUUUGCUUUAAGGUAUGGCCAUUUCACAAUGCUGGGACUUUCAGGAAGAGCCUAAAUGAAAGAGUUCCUCGUAAUGUUUGAAGACAUUUCUUAAUUUAUAUCAGUAUUACAUAUAUAGUUGUGUAUGUACUGUAUUUUCUAAUAUAUUUGAAACAAUUUCUUUAUUUAAAUUGGAUUCUCAUAUUUUUUAAAUAAAAAAAAUUAUGUUGUACUUUGAAUAAGUACAGAAUCAAA